AUGGAUACUUUGUCCACACCCUCCUUGGAAGAAAGUGUCUAUAUGGGAAGUAAAGAAGAGAAAGAAGAUGGAGGUGAAGAGGAGGAGAAAGAUGAUUCACAAACAGGGGAAUCAUUUGUCGGGAAGCAGGAAAGACCGGCCUGGGCUCCACGCUUCUUCUACAAAACUGGUAAGGAGGUGUACCACUAUGUCGGCCAGGAGAUCAUCAUUGAAGAGGCUCUGGACUCCUUUGCCGGCAUGAUAUGGCCGGCGGCAUUGGCUCUCUGUCACUACCUGGACACUCAUCGUGAACAGGUCAACCUUGUGGACAAAGCAGUCUUGGAGAUCGGAGCAGGAACUGGCCUUGUGUCUGUCGUAGCAGCGCUCCUUGGUGGCUGGGUCACAGCCACAGACCUCCCAGAGGUCCUGAACAACCUGAGAGUCAACCUGUCCAGGAACAUCAGGGGCCGCUGCAGACACACACCUCAGGUGGCAACUCUGCCAUGGGGCAAUGACCUGGAGCACACUUACCCUUCAUCAGUCUACCGCUAUGACUACGUGCUGGCAGCCGAUGUGGUCUACCAUCACGACUUCCUGGAUGAGCUCCUGGUCACCAUGAAGCAUUUCUGCAAACCAGGAACGACUCUGAUCUGGGCCAACAAGGUCAGGUUUGAGUCUGACCUGACUUUCACUGAGAACUUUAAAAAGGCCUUUAACACAAGUUUGUUGGCUGAAGAUGGAGAGUUGAAGAUCUUCAUGGCUACAAGUAGAGAAGGAGAGGAAAGUGGUGAUGUGGGGCUGGAAAUCCAGGAGGAAGGAGAGAAGGAGGUGAUUGAAGAUAAAGACAAGAAGAGCCAAGAAAAGCUCAUGGAGCAAAAAUACAUUGAGGAUGACUUGGACAAUCAAGAAAAAAGAGCGAAUUAUGAUGAGAUACCAGAAGAGGCCGAAAGAGAAGAAGAAGAGGAAGAAAAUACUGAGCCUGAGACGGAGGAGGUCCUCACAGAUGAGAAGACUCAACCAGAGGACACCAGUUCAGUUAAUAAAGAUAUGACAGGAACGAAACAGACACCUGUAAAACCCGACUGGGUCCCUAACAUUGUCAGCAGUCUCUGUAAAGAUAUCUACCAUUAUGUAGGGGAGGACAUUAUUAUUUAUGAAUCCAUAGACUCCUAUGGAGCAGUGAUGUGGCCAGCAGCGUUGGCUUUGUGCUCCUUCCUGGAAAACAACAGGGACACGGUGAACCUGCAGGGAAAGGACGUGCUGGAGCUGGGAGCUGGGACAGGACUGGUAACCAUUGUUGCCAGUCUGCUGGGAGCUUGGGUUACAGCCACAGACUUGCCGAUGAUGUUAGGGAACCUCCAGGCCAACGUGAUGAGGAACACCAGGGGCCGCUGCAGACACACACCCCAGGUGGCUGCUCUGCCAUGGGGCUACGACCUGGAGCGCACCUACCCUUCAUCAGUCUAUCGCUAUGACUAUGUGCUGGCAGCCGAUGUGGUCUACCAUCACGACUUCCUGGAUGAGCUCCUGGUCACCAUGAAGCAUUUCUGCAAACCAGGAACGACUCUGAUCUGGGCCAACAAGGUCAGGUUUGAGUCUGACCUGACUUUCACUGAGAACUUUAAAAAGGCCUUUAACACAAGUUUGUUGGCUGAAGAUGGAGAGAUGAAGAUCUUCAUGGCUACAAGUAGAGAGUGAGAGGCCAAAGAGGUGUGGAUGGAUUACUACAGAGCCCUGGCCCAAAGAGGACGGGAAAAUGGCCCCAUAAGAUGAGUCUUGGAGGUGACUGGAAGUCAAAGGGCUCGGUUGAAAGUGUCGUGUACAUUGUUUACUGAUGCUGCUAUAAGCUUGAACUGAAAUUUGUUAUCUGCUGUUUUGUACAUGUUGGUGAGAAAAAAAAUUAAUAAA